AUGAUAAUUUUAUUAGACAUUAAAUAUUUAUUGGUAAACUUAUACUGUAAUAUGAAAUUCAUCUUAGUUUUAAGCUUAUUAGUCCUUGUCACAUUAGUUUUUGUUGAAGCAAGACCUGAAGAAAAUAAAGAAUUUCUACUGCGAAAAAUGCUAUCGGAUACUACUGAUAAACUCAAAGUGUUAACAUUAAAACACUUAACAAUAGUUCGUAAUAAAAUUAAAAAUUAUUUCAAAGAAGAUGGUUUAGGCGAGAAAAUAGCAGAAGUUUUAAUUAUUUUAAUUAGACGUUUGAAUAAACGUUUAGAAAAUGGUUUAGAAUCAUCUAAUUUGGAAUAG